AUGGCGUCCGACCUGGACCAGCUCAUUGAGAUGGGCUUCGACAAAGAGCGAGCACAAAUUGCAGUAUCCAAGACCGGUGGCCUGCAAGGGGCUCUGGAAUGGCUUGAAACAAACCAGGACAAAUCGCUAGACGAGAUCAAGGUAGAGCAGUCGCAGCAGGCAGAGGGCGAAGAGGGUCCUCCUCUACAGCCAGGCGAGCAAGCGCGCAGCUUGGUGUGCAAUGACUGUGGCAAGAAGUUCCGCAGCCAGGCACAGGCGGAGUUCCACGCAUCCAAAUCGCAGCACGUGGACUUCUCCGAAUCCACCGAGGAGAUUGCUCCCCUAACUGAGGAGCAGAAACAGCAACGACUGACCGAGCUGAGGGAGAAACUGGCAGCGAAGCGGUCGGUGCAAUCCGAGCAGGACAAGGCCGACAAGAAGAGGAAUGAGAGUCAGGACGUGAAGGAGGAUCUCCAGCGGAAACAGCAGCUGAAAGAGGCCGCGAAAAAGAAGAAGGAGAAGCAGGAUGAUAUCGAUGCCAAGAAGCGCAUCAAGGCCAAGAUUGAGGAGGACAAGGAGGCGCGCCGCCUGAAAGCGGAGCGCGAACGUGCUGAGCGCGUAGGUGUGGCCCCUCCACCCCAGCCCGUCGCUGCUCCGGCACCCACCACUUCCGGUCCAGUGGCGUCCAAGCCCGCUUCAGCCUACACUGAAACUCGUUUGCGAUUCCAGACGGCCCAGGGUAACAUCAUGAAGACGCUGCCCGUCACUACGACGUUGUUUGAGGUGGCUGCCGCUCUGAAGCAGGAUGAUGGGAUCGACGUGCAAAGUUUCACGCAGAACUUCCCGAGGAAGGUUUUUAACAACGAGUUCUUUGGGGAGACCUUGAAGGAGCUGGGACUUGUGCCUAGUGCUAGCCUCGUUGUGCAAUGA